AUGUCGUCCCAUUUGCAGUGGAUGGUGAUUAGGAACUGCUCCAGCUUCCUCCUCAAGAGGAACGGACAGACCUACAGCACUGAGGCCAACAACCUGAAGUCCAGGAACUCGUUCCGCUUCAACGGGUUAGUGCACAAGAAGACUGUGGGUGUGCAGCCGGCGCCUGAUGGCAAAGGAGUGGUCGUUGUGAUGAAGAAGCGUGCAGGCAAGAACAAGCCAGCUGCUUCUUAUAACAAGAUCACCAUCAACAAGAACUCCCGUGCCACCCUCAACAGCCUGCGGCACAUCAUCCGCAAGAACAACUAUAGGAAGGACUUGCACAUGGCUGCCCUGCGUCGUGCCAGCGCUAUUCUGAAGAGCCAGAAGCCCGUGGUGGUCAAGAAGAAACGCUCCAGGGCUGCCAAGACUGCAUAA